CGAUCCCCCAGCAUGCGUCCUGACUCCUCCAGCAGGCUCGAUACCAGCCACCUUGUGCGCAAUACUCGGUAGCCUUUCCGGCGUACCGACCACCGUCCCACCCUCGGUACGUGCUCCUAUCGGCUACCGAGUAGACUGGUAACGAUUUUACUCCUCCAGCUGGCCUGAGACCACCAUCGCUGCUCCGCUAUUCAGAUUCGCACUGUCCAACUUCAUCUCGACAUUCAUGUUCUUCCUCCGCCGUCCACUUUCCGCUCCAGAUGAAAUCUAUUCAUCUUGUCUCUCGACACUACACGAGGGCCACGCCCUCUGGUAUCCAGAGCCUCACGCAUCAGGCGAGCCGCAAAUAGGGGACGUCGGCUUCAUACGCACGGGUGCCUUCAUCAGACUCUUCAACCUCGACACGUCUGCGCCUGGGAAGAAGGUCGUAGAGUGGGACACACCGUUUGAAAUCACCGAGCCGUUACCUCAAGGUAUGCUCAAGGUUGAUCCCAGGCGUCGUCCACUCGUUCCCGCCCAUUAUCGCAGUCAUGGAGUCGAGAGCAGACAGGCGCAUGCCUCGGCAGGCAUAGCGGCUGGCACGAAUGUAUCGGUGGCAUUGAGUGCGGAGUAUACGUGCAAGGCAGCCCAAGGUGCGGUGCUUGCGCUCAAGAGCGAGGCAGACGCCGAAUCGAUCUACGAUAAUUUGGCCCUGAAGGAGUACAUUCUCCGGCACCAUGAUGAGUGGUACACAUAUGCUCGGGGGAUUCUCCGCCACGAUGUCAAGCGGGAGGAUAUUGUCAUGAUCAUCGGCUGGGUCAAGACCGAGGCCGACUGGGCGGCCGCCGUCUUCAGCAACACAAGUACGAGUUCCAGCGUCUCGAUCGAAGGCCGUGGUGGUGGUGUUGCGGGGAUGGGCAUGGGGACGUCGCACACGAGCUCUGUGACUGGCCCGACGAUGCAACGACAAGGUGAGAACUACUUGGCGAAUGCUCCCGGACCCGUUCCUGCAGUGCCGAAGAGAGACCAGUCAGCCUUGGUGAAGCGGUACAAAGUGCGGAAAUGGCUUGGAGUGGUAAAGAGAGUCGUCGCGGGUGGGGGUUAUCACCGGCUUCCGGAUGGAGGAGAUGAGAGAGGUGGCUCAGCAGAAGAGGGGAUCUCGGCGCAAGAGAUGGGAGAUGUCGACGAGAAGAGUAUUCUGGACAUGUGGAACGAGGUAUUGACAAAACACCAGAGCAAGGUUCCUGAUCCAUUAAAUGUCCUUCUUGACUACAUACACGAGGUAUGUCCGCUCAAUAGCUUAUCUCAUUGUACUACCGGCGUCGAGACUGCUAUCGCGAGUGAUGACGAUGUGUGGAGUAUUGUCGGCGGCAAGUCGGUGAUUGAUUUCGCAAGCUAUCUUCGUCGAAUCCAGCCUCCGGUACACAUCGACGGCGCGGUCGGAUCGCUGUGUAUGGAAGACGUGAUCUCUCACAAGCGGGCCUCCGCUUUCUCUCGUCAGAAUAUCACUUGGUCCGACUUGGCAGAGUGGCCAGAUGCCGCCUUAGACGGUGCCGAUCGCCUGGAGGAUGGGCGCGCCUUCACCAGUCCCUUGGAUGCUGAGCCUCGUCCUCUCAAUUUGAAGCGAGUCACCUUCAACGAUCCACAAGAUCCGUCCCGAGAUUGUUACCGCUUCGCAUUGUCGGCAGAUGGCAAGCUUCUCGCGGCAUCGUUUGGGAGUAUCGACAUUCUCGUAUGGCGAUUAUCCGACGGUCUACUCGUUCAACGUCUACACCAUCAGGGCCAUAGAAGCAAUGUUAUAACCCUCUCCUUUUCCCCCAUCGACUACAAUCUUGUCUCAGGGUCCUCCGACGGGACGGUAAUUGUGUGGGAUACUCGACGUGGCCGUGUACUUUUGCAUCUGGAGGGACACAGUGCGCAAGUGAAUGGGAUUGCAUACACUGCUGAUGGUGCGCUCAUCGCCACUGGCCCUUGCGACCGCGGAUCUCGCAGCGACAAAUCCGUGAAGGUUUGGGACACGUCGAGUGGAGCAUGCCUGCAUUCCUUCAGCGUUGGCAACGACGUGGACGAGCUCACGUUCUCCCCAGACAGCACACGUCUCUAUGUCAGACUGACCACGUCCUGCGUCAUCUAUGAUAUUCACACCUACGCGCGCACUGCUACAUUACAGCAUAUUGCCGGAGAAGUGCUCCUCUCGCUGAUGUCUCACCAAGGCGAUCGCAUAGUCACCGGCCCGACUUCGGACCACCCGGGACAGGUGAAGAUAUGGAACGCAGUGACAGGCGAGGAGCUCCUCACGAUUGAUCAUCCGAAGAAGCUCUCGGAACCCGUGGCAUUCUCCCCUGAUGGGUCCGAGGUGGUGGUGGGUUGUCCCGCGAAGACGGCAGCCGUCACGUACGACUCGCGGACGGGCCACCUCCGUCACGUCUUCAAGUUGGCAAAGCCAGCACGUCAUGCCAUUUACUCUCCAGAUGGAGACUGUGUCGCCUUUGGUGCCGAAUAUGGAGAUCUCGAGGUGUACGAUGCGAAGUCUGGGACAUUUCUCGUAAGGUUUGAUGAGCAUGAAGGGAGUGAGAGGCUGUAUGAGAUGCGCUUUUUAUCUGACAGUCAAUCUCUUCUAGCACGGUUCAGUAAUGGACCUUUAGUUCUGUAUAACAUUCAAGAUGUAUUGCGAAUGCGGUAGCGUAGGAUUAGUGUAACAAUGCCCUCCCAGCUCAAUGUACUACAGCAAUGCAGACAGGCAAUGAGCAUGUGGCGAACACAGACUAAUACGUGCUAGCAUUGGACGUGGGUGAUCAAAGAUUUGCAUGUAACGAACGAAGAGUGCGCGUAUGUAC